UUCAUAAAAAAAAAAAAAAGAAAGGAGGUUAAUACAUGUUUUUCGAAAUUGUCCUCUUCUCUUUUAAAAUUACAAACACCGAAGUAGCCCAAGGGUUAGUGCAACAGUGUCCGAUAAGUCAACGACUUAACGUGUCUUCCGACUGACGUAAAUUCGUAAUGCGUAAUGCGCGUGGGUGCAUGGCGGUUGCACGCGAUGCGAAUAUCUACGCUAAGCUGCAUGCCAAUGUCUAAUAUUCCACGCAUCGUUGAUCUCCUUUCCGGCGCUAGCUCGUUACAAUGUACUAACUUCCGUUGGAGAUCCUUGUACCUUCGAAAUUUUAUGCAAUCAUUGGAUUCAGCGGCUCGAAUUCGAACUUGGCGUUAUCUAAUCAUAAUUCAAAGUGAAGUAACAGUUUCUAACGGUAAUUUCGACGAUCAAGUUUACUUAACAGUUACUUAACAUUCUAAUGGUUGCUAUGUUUGGACAAUCUCGUCUAUAUUUCUCGUCUGUUUUAUUUGUAGUUAAAUAGUCCGUGAAAUAUGUCACUACAAAUAAUUUAAUCUUCUGUAAUUAAUACUUUAUUUGCUUUGUGAAAGUACAUUGAUUACCAUUCCAAGAGCUAGUGAUCGUCAUAAAUGGCAAUUAAAAACGUAAAUAAAUAUAGUUACACCGGAUAUAUACCUGUGAAUCACUUCACGUAAGAUCAAUAAAUUUCUAGCAAUUAUGAAAUUACAGAGAUAGUAAAAUACAAUAAUUAGUAUCGUAAUUUAAAUCAAAUCGACUUCGUAAAUUACUCAUUAUCAGAGGCAGUUAAAUCCCGUAGAUAUUGAAAUAAAAUACGAAUCGCGUUUUAUAAUUUUAAAUUGCGUCCCAGAUAUCGAUGCGUGUACGAAAAUGUCGAAUGAAGUUGGUUUCAAAAUCGUGCGACAGAUCGAGAGCAGCGACCUCGUUAGUAGUUAUGCAAUACUGCUACGAGAGUCGCAUUUUCCGCGAAACCGGAAACCCGGUAUAGCGUGUCGCCUCGAUUCGAUCCAUCGACGAGCGAGCGUCCCGCCCUGUGAAAUAAUUCAUGCACCUGAGGAUAGCGGCAACGGCGCUGGCAUGAGAAAUCGCAGCGCCGCCGAUCUGGCGCCUGAUCAUCGAGAAUAUGUCAGAUCGAUCUGUUCCGCGAUGCAUACAAAUCGAUGCCAUAAGGCAGCACCAUCGGGGUCUACAUGUGAUUUUGGACGAUUUGGUGAGCAAGAAAGAAAGAAAAAUAAAGUGAAAUAAGUUGGAACGUUGUAAACUACUGAAACUCUCGAACAUACCUGUAAUUAUUUAGAACAGUUUGUUAUAGUAAAGAGAAAGCGGCGAAAAUACCAGUUUCUGGAAAUAUAUUUAAAUUAAUUCUAUCUUUGGUAAUCGUACGCAACACACGAUGUAACAAAUUAUCUAAUAAACCAUUUUUCAGUUUCCAAGCUCAUACCCCCUCCAUUUUUACGAAAUCUCCAACGCUGCUGAGACAAACUGCCUUAAAUUCGAUAGAAAAAUACCGUUUCUUCUAUAAAGCGAAAGAAAGCAGCUUCAUUGCAAAAUUGCGUCAUCAAAAGUGAACGACAAGGAAGGACAUAAAAACGCAAGAUCUUUGGUAAAAAUGCAUAUCUGCUUUUAUUGAAAAAAAAAAAAAGAUUCAAAGAGAAAAGGUGUCUCCGUGUGUAAUAUGGUAUCGCGUAUCAGACAAUAAGAUCGUCGAUCAAGAACUGUGCUCUUAAGCUGGGCGAUGACGAUCGUGGCGACGCGAUGCGACGAGAAACGUCUCGCGUCAUUAUCGAUCUUUGCUGGCUCACACUGAGAAAACGAUUCGGUUGAUCGAUCCAUGAUUCGGGCAGGUAUUUGUGUCGGGCACUAUGUGCGUCACAGCCGCCAUGAUCGUUCUCGCGAUUACGUGUCGGUGGGCCGUUGUUUUUACAAUACCGACCUCUUCGACGGGAAAAUUCGUUCCUACUAUAUUUAUAGAUAUACAUAUACAUACAUACACUUUAUAUUUAUAUAACAUAUUAUAUAUCUACGGAUCGCUGUGUCUCGAGAAAAAUGCCACGCGUCACCCACCCCUCACUCUCUCACUCUCACUC